AUGGAAGUGAGGCGGAGGAAAGAUUCCUUGAUGGCCGAUGGCAAGGGCGACAUCUACUACCAGGAAGAAGUCGUCGAUUUCAAAACCCGCAGAAUCCCGGUACCUUCCUUCCAGAGCCGUAGUUUUCAAUGGGAUUUCGCAGGAAGCGAUCGGUUUUCGACAUUGGCUUUUGUUCAUCGCAACAGUCGGGUUGCUUUACGGCGGUGUCGUUUUUCUCCACAGGUUGGGAAAUUUUCAGUUUACUUUCAAAUUAAAAGGAAGGAAAAAUGCAAUAUAGAGAAGAAAAGGAAAAAUUUUGCGGUGAUAAUAAAGGAGAAGCUCCAAAUUCGAAAAAAACGAAAAACAAGAUUUUUUUUUGAGCGGAACCCAAUGAGCUUUUAGUGUUUCAGAAGAAAAAAAAUUGAAGAUAUCGAAGUUUUUGUCAAGUUCAUUUUCAAAUAAAAAAAAUAGGGGUACGUGCCUUUACGGCUAGUUUAUCUUGGAGGCAUAUUGCUGGCCGGAUUCGACAAGAAAUAAGGAGUUUUCUCUUCUCCAUUUAAAGAUAUCAAUUGCAGUCAACAUUUGAUUUUUUAUGAACCGGGGAAUCGAAUACUUUCUGGACUAGAGAGAUGAAUACAAGCGAGGCGUACUACGGGGCCAUAAAAAAAUCUUCGUAAAAAUGAACUGAUCGGUUUUCAAAGAUUUUUUUAAAUUUACGUUUUUUUCGUAUUAACAGUAUUUAUAGCUAACAACGCUUUUUCAUAGAGAAGACCGAAACAUUUAACAUUGCAAGCGUAAAACGGAACUUUUUUAAGCCUCAGAAAAGUUCUAGAAUUUUUUUUUUUUGAAAUGACUUCUGUGUCUCGUUAUCUGCUCGAAACUGUUGGAUUUACAGAAAGAUGCCUCCAGUGCGCGACGGAACUUCCUUCACUGACUUCAGUGAGACGCGCGCACGAUUCCUUUUGAAGCAACUGACGGCUCUCGGACCUCGGCCCAGCGGCUCAGAGAACCUCGAGGUCUCCUUUCCUUUUCUCAGGCGUGCGCAAACCCGUUUCAGGUCAAAGCCUUCAACAUCCUCAACAAUCGCAUCAGUCUCAUCAAAAAUGUGGUUUCUGUGAAAGGAUUCAAUCGCCUCGAAACCGAUGUUCAGGUGAUUUGUCCAAUAGCAUUCACCCAGGAAGUCGAGUCAUCUUGCAGAGGCCAUCCGGCUGCUUCGAUCUCAAGUUUUUGAGCAGUUUCACGCUUUGCUACCACGAAAUCACGAACAUUGCUGUAUGGUUUCAAAGCAGCUCAGCUGUCAAAAAGAAGAUUGACAGGUUCGUAUCGGACCAUCGGGAGGGCCGACGGAGAACUCUUUGCUUCUCAACUGCCAUUUCGACACGAUGCCCGACACUCCUGGAGCCACGGAUGACGCCGUUUCCUGUGCCAUAAUGAUGGACGUCCUCGAAGUCUUGGCUCACUCUCACAAGCCCCUUGCCCACGACAUUAUCUUCCUUUUUAAUGGAGGUAUAAAUGCGAUCCUUGGGCAAUUCAAGCUCGAUUCAGCCGAAGAGAACUUUCUGCAAGCGGCGCACGGUUUCAUCCAGCAGCACCCAUGGCGGCACUCCAUCAAAGCCUUCAUCAACCUCGAAGGAACGGGUUCUGGCGGCCGCGAGAUCCUUUUCCAAGUCUGUGAUCUCAAACCGCAGCUCAGGCCGCUUUUCGGAUUCAGGCCGGACCGGGAAACUCUUGGUUGCUGCAGACGUACCUAGAAAACGCGCCGCAUCCUUUCUGCUCAGUCCUCGCCCAGGAGAUUUUCCAGUCUGGAAUUAUCCCGUCAGACACAGAUUUUCGCAUUUUCCGCGACUAUGGCCGCAUUUCUGGUAGUUGAUGUCUGUUCUUCUUGUUUCUAUGUAGGUUUUCAGGACUUGACAUUGCUUACACGAAAAACGGCUGGGUUUAUCACACGGAGUUCGAUGAAGAGCGGAGAAUCGAGGCAGGAGCCAUUCAGAGGUUUCUGAUCGAUUUCACUAGAUAAAACCUUUUUAGUUAGCGAGAGCUAAAAAAUGAAUUUUCUAGUUUAAUUUCUCGGAGUUCUUGAUUUUCGUUAGAAUUUUUCCAGUUUACGGCGUUCUUUUAUUUAGAGCCGGAGAAAACGUGUUGGCAGUAGUGAAAGCUAUUUUGGAAAGUCCUUAUCUGGAACAGCCGGCGACAUUUGACGAGGGCAAUCGCUGGGUCUUCUACGACGUCGUCGGUCUUUUCACUGUCUACUACUCUGUGACUGUUGGUGAGUCGUCUGCGACAGCCGUCGGGCCAGAAUCAAGUCGGCUGCAGGAAAGAUCCUGAACUAUUUGGCUGUGGCGCUGACGUUCGUUAUGGUGGUCAGCCGGCUCGAGAAAGGACUCUACACCCGCGCCGACCUCGCCCAAGUCUUUUUCCGGCACGGCGUCGCCUUCUCGGCCAUGCUCCUCGCCAUGUUCGUCCUCAUCGGCUUCGUCGUCUACACUGACCUCGUCAUGUGUUGGUUCGUUGCUGUUUUUUUUUCAAUCUUCGAAUGACGACUUGUUACGGUCGCGACACGGCUUUUGAUGGGAAAUUCGAAGUUGAAUAGAUUGCGCAAAAAUGUGGAAAUUGUUGUUUCAUCUUUGCCAACCUUCCCAUACCGCCUUUCAAGUUGCACAAAAAUGAAUAAAUAUAAGUAGGUGAUCUGUUUUUUUCUCACGUCUCCGAAAAAAAUCAACACCAAUGCGCUAUUUUUUUGAAGGAAAAAGUAAAUUUUUUUCCAUGUAAAAAAAUUUGAGUUAGAAAGCGCAAAGAAGUGCUAGCUAGAAAAAAAGAAAAAUCGGGAUAAAAAGAUGAAAAUAAGCAUGUUAAAUACCAGAAAAAACGGUCAAAGGUAACUUUGAAAUCUCUGAAAUGCUACGAUAAUUAAUUUUUUUCAAAUGAAAAUCUCUCAAUUCGUUCAGGUACAAAAUGCCGGAAAUCGUUGGCAUGCUCUAUGUUUUGCCUCUUCUCAUCGUCGGCUGCAUUGUCCACACUUAUUUCGCUGACCACAACGCGGUUUUUCUCACUCUUUUCCAACUCAUUCACUUCAUUUUAAAGAUUUUGAACGUUGAAAUGCUUCACUACGACUCCAUUCUUAUUUCCCUUGCCUCGAUCCUUUUUUUGAUGACUUGGUCCGUUUUUUAACUCAUUCAAGAUGUUUUAUAUUUAUUGUUUUCAGGUUUAACUUGGCCUCAGCUUUUUAUGUGCUGAACUACCUCCUCCUUCCGGCCUGCAAGGACCUUUUCAUAUACAUCCUUGGCUCCCUAGGCGUCAUUCGAAGUUUUUUGGCUUGUUUAUUUUUGCUCAAAGAUUUAUUUUCUGAAGAAGUGACCCCACGUGUUCUCUUCUUCUCGCAGCUCUUCUGCUUCGUGCCGCCGUUCAUUUUCGCCGCCUACGCCAUCAGUCAAUGCGUCGACUUUUUCGUACCAGUCAUGGGAAGGUUUUCCUCAGCCACAAAUCUCAAUCUGAGUUAAUAUUUGUAGACUAGGAAAUGCUAUCAACCCGGAGUUUAUAAUGGGUCCGAUUGGUCUGCUCAUCGCCAGUAGCUUCGUUCUUUUCGUGGUGAGCUCCUUGUAAAAAAUGCCAGGGGUCAUCUUCUUCCCAGAACAACUUGUUCUACAUCUCUCGCCGGAUGAACUACCUCAUCAGGCUGUGUCUCGCCAUAUUUGGGUUGUUCCUUGUCAUGUUGCUGACGACCAAACUGGGCAACCCGUACGAGUACACGCCCGAGGACCCACGGCUCCGUCGAAUCAUCGCCUUGGUUCCAGCGAUUCUUUUAUUCUUUCCUACUUCACCACUUGCAGCACGCCAACCGCUCCAUCUACGACUUUGAUGGGGAUGUCGUUCAGCGAGACAAUGCCCUUUUCGUCCACUCGCUCGACUACAGGUGAGCCUUCCAGAAGUCGUUUGAGUGCGAAUAAAAGUCAAAACAGAAAUAAAAACAAGCUCAGUCAGUUUUUUCAUGCUGAAUUAAAUGUUUUGAUGAAGCAAAAGGCUCAUUUCUGAUAUAAACCGUGCAGGGGCGCGAUGGACUUGCCGGCCCAUUCUUUCCUGCAAGGAAGUUCUCCGCCCAACUGUUCUGGUGUCCUCGACGAGUACUGCCGCAUGCCUUACUACACCGCCAUCCACGAACUUUUCCCGCCCGAGUGAGUUUUUGAAUUAUCUCUUUCAUCUAAUCAAUUUACUGAAUUUUUACUAUGAAUUAUGUAACACUCAGACAUUCUCUGUGGGUACCAGUGCCAUCGCCAGUUCCGCUGCCCUAUCCCAUCGACCUAAAACUCAUUUCUCGCGAACUUAUUGGCGCUAAUCGACUCAAUCUUACGUUUGAGGUUAGACAUAUCGUAAAAAAUCGAGUACAAGCUCUAAUCAAUGGACUAUCGACCCUGCGAGUUCGCCUCAUGCUUGGGAGAGCCCAGGAUCUGUGAGCUUCAAAAAAAAAAAAGAAGAAAAUUAACAUUCAGAAAAAGAGCUAUGGUUAUUCUUGGACUUGGGAGCUUUUUUCUUUUCGAAAAGUUUCUUAUUGAGUUCUCAUUGAAGAUUGGCCAAUUUUUUAGGGAGAUUGAAGUGACUAUGACUUUUCUGAGACACGAUGGAAACUAAAAGUUGCAGCUCCGUGGCGGCUUCGACAAGAUGUCGCUGCAUGUGACGCCUUUGUCUGGCUACGAACUGAGCAAGUGGUCCUUCACCGACAUCGACAUCAAGGAGUUUGGUCGUCGCGUCACCUACUUCGUUUUCAUGACCUACGGUCACCAGGCGCCAGAAUUCCGAAGUUUCUGGAUCCUCCUCGAAAAUGUAGAAAACUUUGAAAAAGCUUUCUUUCUGAAUCGUACGUUUCAGCACGCCUCGACUGUUCAAGAACCUGAAACGACGCACAACCUGGAGAUUGCAGUCGCUUCUCAUCAUGCGCAUGGUGAGAAAAUAUAACUGGAGCCCAAAAAUUUGAACUCGCUCAGGUCCUUACCAAGAUACGGAUACCUUGCGGCAGUUGCGUUCCUUGAUCGCCAUGCGUCGAGAAACGCCCAAAAUGGCCGUCGGCUGGUGGAGGUACCUCGUUUUUGGUCUUUUUCCAAUAGAUUCUUACCGAAACGGAGAAUUCUCUUUUUCAAAUUCGAAUUGGUCAAAAUAUCUUUGUUUCCACAGUUCUUUUUUACUGAAAUUUAAUUCAGAAAAUCCUUUCUUGUAGUUAUUUCAAGUGUGACGGAACGUUGUAAGAACCUCAGUUGGCCGUGGUAUCUCUGCUGGGUUCAUGCAAAAAUCAUUAUCAUUUAUAGCGUGACUAUGUGCAUAGGUGUCAAAAAAGCAUACUGAGAGUCACGUUUGGGCAAAAUUCUUGGAGCUUCUUGCCAAAUGCCAACCGAUAGAAUGACUCCCGCAGAAAUUCAGCAUAAAGCAUAGAGAUAGAAAUCCAACCGAUUUGAGGCGGCGAGUCUGAUCUUUCUCCGUUUUCAGAUGGGCCAUCACGAUGAUCGGCGGACGGUCGGAAAUCGUGGUCAAAAUUUUUUAG